AUGGCAGGCUUCAUUCAAAAGAUCGGAGGCUAUCCUCGUCUCCUGCUUGCAGGCGAUCCAACACCCCGAGACAUAGGCACGCUGUUACUCGGUAUCGUCAGUUCGAUAGCAGCCGGAGUACCAUUUCCCAUUAUUGGUAUCCUAUUUGGUCAACUUCUGGAUGACUUCAAUGCAGCCACUUGCGACCAAGCUACAGAUUCUGGAGAUGGCGACCAAGGAAGCAUCAACAACACUAUCUUGAUCAUCUUCUACCUUGCCAUUGCUCAAUUUGUCUGCAUUUAUGUCCACUUAACUUGCUGGACUCUGAAUGGUGCUCGUUUGGCACAAAGGCUGCGCGAGAGUUAUCUUCAAAAUUUGCUUAGGCAGGAACCUUCGUUCUUCGACAACCUUCCACCAGGAGAAGUCGCAUCAAGACUUCAUGGAGACAUUCAGACGAUCCGCUCAGGUACUGCGGAGAAGGUUGGAAUUUGUCUUUCGAGUUUGUCCUUCUUCGUCACAGCAUAUAUUGUCGCUUUCAUCAAAGAUUGGAGACUGGCCGCUGAAUUGCUCUCUCUGAUUCCAGCUUACUUCAUCAUGUCCAUUGUUGGAAGCCAUUAUAUCGAGAAGUACUCCGGUAUGGUUUCCGAGUAUGCUGCAUCUGCUGCAUCGAUAGCUUCUGAAGCACUGAACAACAUUAUGGUGGUUCAAGCUUUCGGUGCCAACGCUCGUUUGGAGAAGAAGUUUUCGGACGCCCUCAGAGCUUCUGAACAUGAGGGUAUCAAGAAAGCUACUGCUGUUGGCAUUCAGAGUGGUGUUCUUUAUUUUGUCGCCUACUCUGCCAAUGGUCUGGCCUUCUGGCAAGGAAGCAAGCGCAUUGCAGAUUCGGUAGAAGGGAAGUCUGGAGGUACCACUGUUGGUGCCACAUUCACUGUCAUCUUCAUCUUGAUUGAAGCUACACUGCUUCUCAGUCAAGUGGCUCCCUUCGUUCAUCUGUUCUCAGCAGCUGUUGGAUCAUUCAACAAGCUUCGCGAAGAUAUUGAUCGCGCGCCAUUGAUCGACGGACACACCAGAUCUGGCCUUGCACUCCCGCAAACAGGAGCUGGAUUUGAGUUCACGGACGUGUCAUUCACAUACCCAUCAAGACCUGAGAUCACUGUUCUUGACAAGAUCAGCCUCUCCAUUCCUGCUAACAAGCACACCGCACUUGUUGGUCUCUCUGGCAGUGGCAAGUCUACCAUCGCGGGUCUGGUCAGCAGACUCUAUGAUCCAACUGACGGUCGAAUCACAUUCAACGGGCAAGAUGUUCGCACGCUCAAUGCUCGAGACUUGAGAAGCUUCAUGAGCUUGGUCCAGCAAGAGCCUUCGCUUCUUGAUCGUUCGCUGUUGGAGAACAUUGCACACGGUCUGAUCAACUCUAGCGACCCUGAACAUGCCCGGUUCAGAGGCAUCCUCCUUGGCUCUGAUCUUGCAGAGGUCGCUACUGAUGUUCGAGAUGGUACCGAUCUCAUGGUUGCUGCAGAGAAACGUGGUCCUGUUGUUGUCGAGAUCGCUACCUUGGUCAAGAGUGCCGCAACACUCGCAGAUGCAGAUCAGUUCAUCGUUGCGCUUCAGCAAGGAUAUGGCACAGUUGUUGGCUCAAGCGGACGCCUUAUCAGUGGUGGCCAGAAGCAGCGUGUCGCUCUUGCCAGAGCACUUGUGAAGAAUCCCGCUGUUCUCAUUCUUGAUGAGGCAACUGCUUCUCUCGACUCGAGAAGUGAGCAGCGCAUCCAACGUGCCAUCAACAGUAUUACCAGUGGAAGAACUGUCAUUACCAUUGCCCAUCGUUUGGCCACUAUCACUGCCGCAGACAACAUUGUUUGCAUGCACAAGGGACACAUCCUCGAACAAGGCACACACUCAGAGUUGAUGGCGAAUAGUGGAACUUAUGCCGAUAUGGUUAAGAUGCAGACUCUUAGAAACACGUCCGAAGCCAAAAAUGCGAGUGCUGAUAACAUCAGUCUGUCAGACCGUACCUCGACUGGUGAUAUCGAGAAGAAGAGCUUGUACGACGACACAGUCGAAGCUGAGAAAGCAGAACUCUCGGCGACAGAGACACCUGUCAGAGAUUCUACAGAAGUGGAAGAGCCCGAAGAGCUUCCAGCGCCUCCAAAAUCUCUCUGGGAUCUGGCCAAGGGAUAUGGACCGGCAUUGCGGCCACACAUCCUCUAUAUCUUUGUGGCCUUCAUCGGCUCUGUCUGUGUUGGUGGUGCUUUCUCUGGUGAAGCCGUCAUCUUUGGCAACACAGUUGGUAGUCUCAACCCUUGUCACAGUGCUAGCAGAAUCCGCAACCGCGGUGACUUCUUUGGUCUUAUGUUUUUUAUCCUCGCCAUCAUCGAGUUCUUUGCCAAUCUUGUCAGUUGGUGUGGGUUUGGCUGGGUGUCAGAGAAGGUCGUGUAUACUGUUAGAGUAUUGUCGUUCAGAUCGUUAUUUGAGCAAGAUCUCCAAUGGCACCAGUCUGAGAGUCGUACGCCGGCUUUGCUUCUCUCAUACAUCACUAGAGACGGAAAUGCUCUGGCUGGCUUCAGUGGCUCGGUCGUCGGAACGCUAUUCUCCAUCACUGUCAACCUGAUUGCCGCCAUCAUUUUGACUCACAUCAUUGCUUGGAGGAUUGCUUUAGUCUGCUUGGCUCUUGUGCCGCUUCUUCUUGGAGCUGGUCUCAUGGAGCUUCACAUCCUCGGCAAAUUCGAAGAGAAGCAUGAGACUGCAUACACCAAGUCUGUGGACAUUGGUGUCGAAGCUAUUACUUCAAUCAAGACUAUUGCUUCUUUCUCACUCGAAGAAGAGAUUCUGCGAACAUACAGACGCUCUCUCAAGGGGCCGCGCAAGGAUACUCUCAGAGUGACCCUACAGGCCAGUCUUUGUCAAGCCUUGACAUAUUUCUUAGGCAACUGCGUCAAUGCUCUUGCCUACUGGUGGGGCUCAAAGCAAAUCCUCAACGGCAACUACACGCAGACACAAUUCUUGAUUGUCGUCUUCUCUCUCCUCGUUGGUGCAUUGUUGUGGUCGCAGAUGUUCGCAUUGGCUCCAGAAAUAUCCGCUGCUCGCAACGCCAUGGCAAGAAUUUUGAGCUUGAUUCAGAUCGGCAAGGAUAAAAUGGCAGUUCAUGUACGUCCUCUUGACAUAUCACUGGAAGAGAACAAUAUUGAAGCCUUGGCUGAGACAAAGACUUCGCACGUGUCGAACAACAAGGCAUCCAGUGUUCAGAUGAAAGAUGUUCACUUCUCAUACCCAGCACGUCCUGAUGUCAAAGUGAUGAACGGCUUGAACAUCGACAUCAAGCCUGGACAAUUCGCAGCACUUGUCGGUCCUAGCGGUGCUGGAAAGUCAACGGUCAUUUCUCUGGUUGAGCGUCUCUACGUUCCCCAAUCUGGUUCAGUGCUCAUUGACGGUCUUGAUGUGACUAAGACUCGCGACACAUCGUUCCGUGAUAGCAUCGCUCUGGUGCCCCAAGAAAGUGUGCUGUUUGAGGGAAGUGUCGAGUUCAAUAUCGGCCUUGGUGCUCGUCCUGGCCAUACUGUCAGUAAAGAAGAGAUCAUCGAAGCGUGCAAGUUGGCAAAUAUACACGAUGUCAUUGCUGCUUUGCCAGAUGGUUAUGAUACUCUUUGCGGGCCCAACGGCAGCCAGUUCUCAGGUGGCCAGAAGCAACGCUUGUCCAUCGCUCGUGCUUUGGUCAGAAAUCCAAAGUUGUUGAUUCUGGAUGAGAGCACUAGUGCCCUUGAUGCUGAAAGUGAGAGAUUAUUGCAAGAAGGCUUGGACAAGACAAAGGCAAAGGGCAUCACAGUGAUUGCCAUUGCUCAUCGCCUUCACACUAUCAAGAAGGCUAAUGUCAUUUUCUUGAUUGAGGCUGGAAGGUGUGUUGAUAGUGGUACGCACGAACAGUUGUUGGAGAGAAGUUUGGAUUAUCGCGAGUCGGUGAUGCACCAGACGGUUGCUACAGAUUGA